CCUGCUAAUCCCUCUCUCCCCUCAUCUUGGGAGGGCUCGCUGCGAGCUUCGCAAGGUUCUCAGAUUUUGCCAUUGGCCCAAUGAUCCCUAGCUCAAGCUACUGUGACUCUGUCUUGCUCAGGUGAGGCCGAUCAGCUUGCGCACAUACUCACUGACUUUUCCUUGACCUAUUACUUUCAUACCGUCCCAAUACGAAGAAUGGCAGCUCAAACGGCACCCUGGACUAUCUGGUUUGUGGCAGCUCCUCUCUACUGCUUACACACCGCGACCUCGAUCAUGGUGCACACGGACCCCUUCGAGGAGAGCAAGGAGUCUAUGCUUGAGGUCAUCGUUCAUGCUCCAGGUGGGGGAGAUGUUCACACCGUAGGUGUGAAUACGACGCGGCGCCAGAAGGGGCUUGGGACUUACUCAACCUCGUCUCUGGCCAAGGAUUCUCCGCAUUGCCUGACAUGCGGGAGAUUGGCGUAUCAGUACGUGACGAACUCGACGAAUGCGACUGCAACUCGUACUUUCCCAUCUGUGUCUUUUCCUAACCCAGGUGAGGGUGCGAUUGUGACUCACUUUUCUGUGCGAGCCCAAGGGGAUAUCUGUGGUAUCGGCAGCCUUCAGUUGACCUUGGCGGGAGUGACAGCCACUUCUAGCUCUUGCCAGAAUGGCGUUCCAUGCCAGUGCAACUCGAACUAUUGUACCUCGUGCACAGCGACAAGCGCAAAGUACCAAUCAGGCAUCCCGGACUGGACUUGGGGCACCCAUGCAGUCGUACCAUCUUUUUCAGGUGCAGGGAUGGCCAUCGAGAGUCUCGUCAUCGACAUCUUCUACAUCACUGCGACGCCCAGUCCGACUUCUCACCCGACGCCCUACCCGACGCCCUACCCGACGCCCUACCCGACGUAUCCAUCCGCCCCCCCCGACGUGCCCGACUCAAUGCAUUCUGCCUUGGCCCCCAUGGCAGCCGGAGUGGCGAAUGGAUUCCUCCCGCCCGACGUUCCCGACUCCAUGCAAGCUGCCGGGGCUCCCAUGGGGGCGGCCGGAAUCUCUGGAGUGGCGAGCGGAUCCGUGGCCGCCACUGGUGAUCCGCAUUUGCAAAACGUCUUUGGCGAGCGAUUCGACCUGAUGAGGCCUGGCAAGCACGUUCUGAUUCAUAUUCCACGAGGAGAGCGUCUUGAGAAUGUGCUGCUCCGUGUAGAGGCUGAGGCACGUCGAUUGGGCAGUCAGUGCUCUGACAUGUAUUUCCAAGAAAUUAAUGUCACAGGGGACUGGGUGGAGAAGAAAUAUCGCAGAGGUGGAGUGGGUCUCCGUUUCCAAGCUCGGCGUGUGCGCGAUGAAACGCCAAGUUGGAUCACGUUGGGGGAAGUGCACUUGAAAGUUACCCAUGGGCGCACGCAGCAGGGCACCCAUUAUUUGAAUUUCCACGUGAAGAACCUUGGGCGGUCCGGCUUUGUUGUCGGAGGCUUGCUAGGAGCAGAUGAUCACGAGGAUGCUGCGAUGCCUUCGAAGGAUUGUGUUCAUCAGCUUUCCCUCCUUCAGACUGCGGUUCUGAGUGACCCACUGGCGCCUGUAUUCUCGACUGCAGCGGCAAGUCUCGCAUGACGGCUUGCAAUUUCAGGCAAAAGAGUUGAUACUGAAGUUUUGCUGUGCUCUCCGGGUGGAGCUGUGCUGCUGAGCUGAUAAAACUCUAACCGUUGCUUCUGAGUCUUGGGCCUCGGGUGCCUGCGCAUGAGCCCUGUCACCGACCGAUGCCAUCAGCUAGGCGUUGCCGUCCCAGCAGUGGCCCUCGAGAAACUCCGUGGGUCCGUGAGCCAUCGAUCUGAGAGGAGGCCAGGAGGCUCGGAGGUUUAGCCCCAACCUUGUGCACCAGAAGGCUGAACAUACACACAGCGUGGCUGGCCUGGGCGAGAACUGGAGGCACGUG